AUGACAAGCUUGCUGACUGCAUCUGUGAAUACGAUCAGAAACUUGAAAAUAGAGAGUAAAUUCCUGCGUCUGCAUAGAAUACAGGCCCAGGACGCGACGCACCCUCCCUGGCCAACCCUAGCCGCGCGCCCAGCUCUCCCAGGCCGCCGCCGCCGCCGCCUAGGGUGGACAGAGCCGCACCCGCGCCCCUCCUGCUCCGUGCGCGCGCCCGCAUCCACUGCCGCGUGUCCCGCUGCGGACACGGACGCCGAGGAUCGACGCCUCCACCCCGAAGCCCUAACGCUCGUGUAUAAAAGCAGCAGCAGCCGCUCGCCCUUCUUCUUCCGCGCACCCGCCACCGCCAUAGCCGACUCGGAGCUCCGUCCCUCGCCACCGUCGGCCGUGCGAAGCCUCGCCCUGACGCGUCCGCGCCCUCGACCUCGUCGCGCCCAAGACGCCGUGCACCCUCGCCGCGCCGAGCCCCGACCCCACGACGCCGUCGACAGAGCCACCGAUACCGCGCGCCGGGCACCAGUGCGAGCCCCUUCGCCGAGCACCCGAUGCGCCCCGUCGCCGCGGUGCCACGUCCCUGGUUCGUCAAGUCGGAGCCUUGCUCCUCUCCGAACAUCGCCGACGACCAAGACGCCGAGCAGCAGCAACGUCGGCCGCGACCCCGACGAAGCUCCCCUCGACGUCGCGCACGGACCCUGUCGUGGCCACGCCGAGCCCUGGCCGAACCCCGACGACCACGGCCGGCUGCGCGGACGCCCCAGCGCUGCCAAGCCCCCCCUCGGUGCCCCGCGACGUCAGGCACCGCUUGGCGCCCCCGCAACCCACGACACCGAGCAGCAGCAGAACCGCGGCUUUGAGCUCGCCGCGGUCAUCACCCUGUCCGCGAGCUGCGACGUCGCCCGAGCACCUGGCCGCGUGCUCGCCGCGGUGACCACGUCGUGCCCAUGCCGCCGAGCUGUUCCAGAGCUACGCCACCGCGACCGGUACCUCGACGCGCCCUCGCCAAGCCUGCCCCUGCCGUCGUGA